GCGCACAUUCAAAAGAAUAUAUAAAUCGACGUAGCUUGAUCAGUCUACUUAGAAAUAUUUCUAUUGUAAACUGCACGCAAGAAUAUUGAGUUGAAAAGAUGUUUAUUCCAUUUUUCAUUGGGAUCGUGAUAUCUCAGUUUCUAAUUGCGAAUGUCGUGGGACCUCCAACUAAACCUACUUCUUCGGAUUAUGAAAAAAAAUUACUGAUAUGUAGACGUUUAUGUAUUAAGUAUACUGAAAUUGGGACUGACGUGGCACCUCCAACUGAACCUACGUCUUCGGAAUACGUACAAAAUUUACCGACACGUAGAAGAAUCUAUUUUGAACGCGACUUCGGUCAGCUACCACCUGGUUGUGAUUGUGAUGAAGUACUAAAGAAUGAAGGUGUGAAAGCGGGUUCGAAGCAAAAAACAAAGGCAGACAAACAGGACAAAAAGGUUGGUACUUCCCCUCAGCAUAGCGAUUCGAACUUAAGAGCAAAUGUGGAAAUCCUGGAUAAAAAAGUCGCAACCAUCACGCAAGAUAUCGAUUCGAAGUUAAAAACAAACUUAGAAAUAUUAGACAAAAAAGUUGAAACUUCUGCUAAUCAUAUCGAUUCAAAGUUGAAAGAAAAAUUGGAAAUAUUGGACAAUAAAGUCGCAGAUUCAACUCAUCAUAUCGACUCGAAGUUAAAAACAGGUGUGGAAAUAUUGGACAACAAAGUUGCAUCUUCUACUCAAGAUAUCGAUUCCAAAUUGAAAACAAGCGUAGAAAUAUUUGAGAAAAAAGUUGAAACUUCUUCCCAACAUAUCGAUUCGAAACAUAAAUCAAGCGUAGAAAUACUGGACAGCAAAGUUGCAACUUCCAAUCAACAUAUUGAUUCUAAAUUGAAAUUGGGAAUAGAAAUGUUGGACAAAAAAGUUGAAACUUCCGCUCAAAAUAUCGAUUCGAAAUUACAAACAGAGGUACUGGACAAAAAAGUGACAACUUCCACUAAACACAGCGCUUCGAAGCUAAAAACAAGUUUGAAAACACUAUACAAAAAGGUCGCAAGUUCCACCCAAAAUAAUGAUUCGAAGUCCAAAACAACAGCAGUACUGGACAAAAAGUCUAAAACUUCCAGCUCAAAAUCAAAGAUUCAGACAUCGGAAAGUUCCAAAUCAAAUGGAGUUCAAUUUGUUGAAAAGAAGAAAGCAGAAAUUUCGAAAAAAGGGAGUUCGAAAGCAGAAAGCUUGAAGGGUGAAAGUUCGAAACCAGCUAAAGAUGUAACCGCAUACCCGAAACCGACUUUUAAUUCGAAAACAAUUAAUAACUGGAAACCAACUUAAACGAAAUAAUGAUUAUUUAAAACGGAAACUGUGCAUGGAGAAACUAAAUAAAGAAAUUAUUCUAAUUUGAAUACAUUUAAAAGUAA